CCGGCGGUCCCCGGCCCCCCGCCCGGCCUGGCCCGGCCGGAGGCGCUUUACUACCCUGGACCUCUACUGCCCCUGUACUCCACCCCGUCCAUGGGCUCCCCGCUGACCCUGCCUACACCCCUGUACCCCAUGAUGUACUCCAUGGAACAUCCCCUGUCGGCUGACAUCGCCAUGGCCACGCGCGCAGAUGAGGACGGAGACACGCCUCUCCACAUCGCGGUGGUGCAGGGUAACCUGCCCGUGGUGCACCGGCUGGUCAGCCUCUUCCAUCAGGGGGGCCGGGAGCUAGACAUCUACAACAACCUGCGGCAGACACCACUCCACCUGGCGGUGAUCACCACACUGCCGUCUGUGGUCCGGCUCCUGGUGACAGCUGGCGCGAGCCCCAUGGCACUGGACCGCCAUGGCCAGACAGCCACCCACCUGGCGUGCGAGCACCGCAGCCCGACCUGCCUGCGGGCCCUGCUGGACAGUGCUGCCCCGGGCACCGUGGACUUGGAAGCCCGCAAUUACGACGGCCUCACCGCCCUGCACGUGGCAGUGAACACUGAAUGCCACGAAGCCGUGUUGCUCUUGCUGGAGCGCGGCGCGGACAUCGACGCGGUGGACAUUAAGAGUGGCCGCUCCCCGCUCAUCCACGCAGUGGAAAACAACAGCCUUAGCAUGGUGCAGCUGCUGCUGCAGCACGGCGCCAACGUGAACGCGCAGAUGUACUCCGGCAGCUCGGCGCUGCACUCGGCGUCCGGCCGCGGGCUGCUCCCGCUCGUGCGCACGCUGGUCCGCAGCGGCGCCGACAGCGGCCUCAAGAACUGUCACAACGACACGCCGCUCAUGGUGGCGCGCAGCCGCCGGGUCAUCGACAUCCUGAGGGGGAAGGCCACACGGCCCACCUCGACUUCACAGCCAGAGCCCUCCCCGGAAUGGAGUGCUAACACCUCCCCUGAGAGUUGCAGCCGCCUCAGCUCCAAUGGUCUGCACUCUGCCUCUCCAUCCUCCUCGCCCUCCCAGUCUCCCCCCAAAGACCCUCCUGGACUCCCCAUGGUGCCCCCCAAUUUCUUCCUUCCUUCCUCAUCUCCACCUGCCUUCCUGCCCUUUGCUGGGGUUCUUCGAGGCCCCGGCCGGCCAGUGCCUCCCUCCCCAGCUCCAGGAGGUAGCUGAGAGGGAUGGGGGGGCAGAUCUUGGACUCGUGAGGAGGGGUCUCCCUGCCCUGUGGGGGUCCACCCUUCUGGAAACUGUGAAGAUCACACUCUGCCCCCCCCCCAAUCUUCGGGACCAGGAUUUGCACAGAGGCACACGCACCUACCCGUAAACCCCCUCUGAGCACAGUGUCUCCCACCUGUGCCACCCAGGACUCACCGUCAGUUUCAGGCGCCCGGCCUCUGAGAACCCCACCACACGUCCACUUCGCUGUCCUUUCCCAAGCUGGGGGGACUGGGGAGCCACUGUUCCCCUCUACCCGCUACUCAGGUGGAGGAGGGGAGAGGCUGCAGGGAGCACUGAUAAGCAUGUAAAUUAUUAGGCGUUUGGUCAGAUUUCUUUUGUAAUAAACUAUUUUUGUACCAUA